AUGAGAUUCUCCGCCGCCCUCUCUGUCGCAAUCCUUGCCUCAGCAGCUUUUGCCGCACCAGUAGAUACGGAACAACAUCCCCUAGCAUCCUCGUCACAUGUGUCAAAGGUCCCCGCAGAUGCGGCUGGCGCGGCAGCACCCCAGCAGCUACACCAGAAACUAGCAGCAGCAGCAGCACAUCGCCUGCGUCCAACAUCAUCGCUUCCGCUUGGAAACAGAUCUUUGGCGACAAGGAAGGAGAGGAGGAUCCGAACCUAG